CAGAGCGACACGCGCAACCCCGCGAGAAGCGUUCAGAUCAACACACGCGCACAACACAUGCGUACAGCUGUCACAGGAGAAAGAAGAGAUUCAAAGUGAUUUAGGAUGCUUAUUUGAAGUUGCACACUAAUGGCGCUGUCGCGCGAGAUUUCUGUCCUUUUUCAGGUGAAUAGUUUCUGUUUGUUGUGGGGGCAGAUCAGCUCGGCUCAGCGCUCGCGCACCUGGCCAACCCACGCCAAUGAAGUCGUGCUCCUACUUGCAUUCUGAAGACUCUGGAGCGGAAUCGGGUUCCAGUGCUUAUUGUGGAUUAAAACCCUCGCAAGGCUUGAUACGUGUAUGUGGAUAUUUUUUUCUGGAUUGGUGACUAAAAUGGAGCUGACAGGGAGCAGUGUUUUAUUCGCAGCGCUCGUGAUUAGCGUUUCUCACCCUGCGCGUUCAGGAUGUGAGUAUCGGGUGUGUAAUCCACGCAUGGGAAACCUAGCAGUCGGGCGUCCAGUACAGACCAUCUCACAAUGUGGUUUAACCUCUCCAGAGCGGUACUGCAACUUUCAUAAUGAUAAAUGUGUGCUGCAUUGUGAGGUGUGCGAUUCUUCAGUUGCGCACCGCGCACACCCACCUGCCUCCAUGACAGACUCACCCUUCAAACACCCACCAACCUGGUGGCAGUCUGCUCAGGGUGUUGCCAUAGAAACUCUACAACUGGACUUGGAGGUGGAAUUUUACUUCACUCAUCUCAUUAUCAUAUUCCGCUCGCCACGCCCUGCUACCAUGACAAUAGAGCGCUCGCAGGACUUUGGGCGCACAUGGAGCACUCUGAGGCUGUAUGCCCAGAACUGCAAUGAAGUGUUCAACCUGGAGGAUGGACACAGCUGCACACAGAAAUACUCCACAGCAUGGCCUUGCACCAAUGGAGAGGUAAUUUACCGGGCUCUGUCACCCUGGGAACAGAUAGAUCCGUACAGUGUCCCUGCUCGUGCCAACCUCGGCAUCACUAACAUACGGUUGCGUCUACUUCAGCCACAGCUAUGCCCUUGCCAUCGUAAACUCCCUGACUCCAACUUGCCCAAUGCCUACUAUGCCAUCUCUGACCUCAUAUUAAAGGGAGGCUGUUUGUGCCAUGGACAUGCGGACCAGUGUGUGCCUGCUGGGGACGAGCAGAUCACACACCCUCCUAGCAAACAUAUGGUGCAUGGUAAAUGUGUAUGUCGACAUCACACAGCAGGGGAACACUGUGAACGGUGUGAUCACCUGUACAACGACCGGCCAUGGCAGCCAGCCAACGGUUUAACUGGAGAAGCUCAUCAGUGCGUUAAGUGCAAGUGUAACAGCCACGCAAAGAGCUGUCACUUUGACGAGACCGCAUGGCUACGUUCAGGUCAGCGGAGCGGCGGUGUGUGUGACUGUCUUCACAACACCAGUGGCCAUCACUGCCAGCACUGCAAGAGCGGCUUCUACAGAGACCCCGAGAGACCUUUGACUGCCCCGGAUUCCUGCAGGCUGUGUAUGUGCAAUCAUGUCGGAUCCACAUUUUGUAACCCUGAUAAUGGAGAUUGCACUUGUAAACCAGGCGUGGCUGGGCCGCAUUGUGACCAGUGCAUGCUGGGAUACUGGGGUUUCGAUGAAUAUGGCUGCAAGCCCUGCCAGUGUUCUGAUGAUUGUGACCCCUACACAGGAGACUGUAUGAUUAGGUCUGAAUCAGAUCACAACGGCACAGAAGCAAAUCAUUUCUUUCGAACAGAGGAGCUUUUUUCUGCCCUCAGUCAUCCAGACAAAUGUGUAUGCAAACAGCAAGCUCUUGGAAGCAGCAAAGUAUUCUGCAACAUUAAAUAUGCUUAUGCAGUGAAGCUGAGAGUGCUGGGUGCUCAUGAUAAGGGGACUCAUGCAGAGGUGGAUGUGAAGGUUCUGAAGGUGUUGUGGGAUAACUCAAGCCUCAGACUCUCUCUUGGAAAUCAAACUAUUUAUCCUGAGUCCUGGACCUCACGAGGCUGCACCUGUCCUGUAUUAUACCCUGGAAUGGAAUAUCUUGUAGUGGGACAUGUGGAUGUGAGAAAAGGUCGUCUAAUGGUUAACAUGAAGAGUUUGGUGAAGCCAUGGAGAUCCAGCAUGAGUCGAAAAGCUCAUCAGUUACUCAAAACCAAAUGUAGCUGAGACAGGGAGAAAGAGAGAGAGAGAUUUAAUACAGAUCUUUCACCGCAUAUGCCAACUUUGCCUUUCUUCUUUUGAUCAACCCCUGAAUUGUACUAAAUAAUGCAAGAACACUAGCGGUAUGUGUGGAUGUGUAUGCACUUGUUAGCUCGCAGGUGAAUAUGAGCAUAAUAUGUACAGAAUUUAUAAUGUAUAUGUAUGUAUAAAUAAGAUAAUAUAUGUAGUUUAUAAUUUCAACUAACCAUGUAAUGUAUAUUAGCAUGCAAUGUGUACAUGUGGAAACAAUAAA